AUGGACUCCGAGACGGUAGAGCCGCGAAUCCCAGACGUACAAGCUGCUGCUACUGCGUUUCGUACUAUUGCCGAGCAACUAGAUGCUUGCUCCCAGUAUACAGAGUUCCCAUCGCCAAAUUAUAAUGAGACGCGCCUUCACGCGAUUGUGGAUGAAAGCCUGGCAUCUGUUCAAAACAACGUUAAUGCCAAUACCGAGAGGAUUCUUCGAAGCAUAGCUGAAUUACGCUCUGAAUUUUACGCCGCUAUCCAAGCUGUCAACACUAGAGUUUCAUCAUCAAGACGAAAUGAUGUUGCUCGAUCUUUUAACAGUACAAUCAAUCGCGAUAAUUCAGUGCUCGCUCCUCUAUAUAAUGUCGAAACUGGCGAAUUAAUCACAAGCUUCCCUCAUACAAUUCAUGACAUCAGCCAACUACCUAUUAAUGAAGUAAACGAUUUUCUCCAUCAGCUGGAUAUAGUAUCGACAGGAAACCUUGUGUCUCGUCAACGCCAAUUGAUGCUGGCCUAUGGGGUCGUACUUUAA